CAGGCCAGACCUCAGCUCCGGCGGCAGCAUCAGCCCGGCCCAUCUCGUGCUACCAAGCGCUGCGCCCCGAGAAGGCGCAGAGCGCUGCCGCCGCCGCUGAGCCGCCCGCCGCGCCCCGGGCCCGCGCAGCCCCGGCCAAGAGCGCGGCGCGCGCAGCCGUGUCACUCCCCCCCACCCCCAACCCAAGGCAGCGGCGGCUGCUCGGACCUCGGUUUCUGGGGGUGCAGGGCAUCGGCGGAGGAGCUGUCGGCAUCCCUCGCCCUUCUCGAGGCGGCGGCGGCGGGAGCCUUGGCUGCCGCCUCCAGCGCGCCCUCGCUGCCCCAGGAUUUCGAACUCGUGCCCCUGACCUGUUGGGCGGGGCUCUGCGCUCCUGCCCUUGGCCCGGAUGGGGCUCCUGGCUGGGACUCGGGGCUCCUGGAGUUAAUGUCCAACUGGGGGUCUGCGGAGACCGGAUCCGAGGUGCCGCCGCCGGACGGGACUCUAAGAUGAAGUUAUGGGAUGUCGUGGCUGUCUGCCUGGUGCUGCUCCACACCGCGUCCGCCUUCCCGCUGCCCGCCGGUAAGAGGCCUCCCGAGGCGCCCGCCGAAGACCGCUCCCUCGGCCGCCGCCGCGCGCCCUUCGCGCUGAGCAGUGACUCAAAUAUGCCAGAGGAUUAUCCUGAUCAGUUUGACGACGUCAUGGAUUUUAUUCAAGCUACCAUCAGAAGACUGAAAAGGUCACCCGAGAAACAAAUGGCCUUGCCGCCUAGAAGAGAGCGGAAUCGGCAGGCGGCGGCCACCAACCCGGAGAAUUCCAGAGGGAAAGGUCGACGAGGCCAGAGGGGCAGAAAUCGGGGUUGUGUCUUAACUGCGAUACAUUUAAACGUCACCGACCUGGGUUUGGGCUACGAAACCAAGGAGGAACUGAUUUUUAGGUACUGUAGCGGCUCCUGUGAUGCAGCUGAGACAAUGUACGACAAAAUAUUAAAAAACUUAUCCAAAAACAGAAGGCUGGUGAGUGACAAAGUCGGGCAGGCAUGUUGCAGACCCAUCGCCUAUGACGACGACCUGUCGUUUUUAGAUGACAACCUGGUUUACCAUAUUCUAAGAAAGCAUUCCGCUAAAAGGUGUGGAUGUAUCUGACUCGGGCUCCAGAGACCGCUGUGUAUUGCAUUCCUGCUACAGUGCAAAGAAAGGGACCAAGGUUCCCAGGAAAUGUUUGCCCAGAACGGAAGAUGAGGACCAAGGAGGCAGAGGAGGAGGAGA